AUGGUGUCAACAGACGUAUCUUCUGUCUCAAAAACUCUGGGAGAUCUUAUCGAAAAUGUUAUGAACUUUCUAAGCAACACCGCAACAGUCAGCUGGAAGAAUCUCAGUGAGGAUGGCGACCUCGAUGUCUCAGCAGCAAACACUCCCAUGAUUCUCACAUGGAGUUUCAACGUGGCUUCGGCUCGAUAUUCCGCCGAAGGUCUGACAGAUUUUUCUAUCUCGGAAGCCGAGCUAAGUCCAGAAGAGAUUUAA